AUGGUAUAUACAGACUUCCACAAUCACAGAUCAAAAAUAGAGAAAGAAGAGAACGGAAGACAGAGAGUCCGGGAUGAGAGAUCAAGCCCUUGGGACCCUUUGAAUAAGUGUUUUCCCUUUCUCAUUGCCUAUGUUGCUUGUUUCACAGGCCUAUGGACAGCAGAGGAAUAUGUGAUUGCCUUAGAGGGGCAUACCCUGGUUUUGCCCUGCACUUACUCAGUUGAGGAAGGCAUUGCGGAAAUAUGCUGGGGGAAGUCCAGCUGCUCGGGCUCUUGUUACAAAGUGAUCAUAUGGACUAAUACCAGGGAGAAGACUCUGACGGUAUCCGAGAGAUACAAGUUACGGGGGAACAUAACACGGGGGGACGGGUCUCUGACUAUCACUGGACUGACCCCCAGUGACUCAGGAACCUUUUGCUGCCGGGUGGAGACCCCUGGAGGGUUGAGUUACGAGAAGAAUCGGAUACAUGUUACUGUCCAGGAAGGUGGAACCAGGUUUUCCCCAAGCUUCGGAUAUACAGUCAAUGAGGCCACCACCUCCCUGCCUGCAGGCGGCUUUGGAGAAGAUCAAAUUAAUAAAGCAAUUAACAUCAUUAGACUCAGCAUUCUUUUGUGCUUCAUCCUCAUGUCACUUACAGUUCUAAUACUAAGCAGAUACAAGGCCCAGGAAGGCAAAGCAAGCACCGCUGUCAUUGAUUUACCAUUGGAUGCUCUGAAGAAUCCGGAGUGUUAACAAGAUUAAACUGUGGAUAACACAGCUAUAGCGGAAUAAAGUCUUUGGCAAACCCUGCUGUACAUGAGCAUCCGAGGUCUUGUAGAUGCCCAGCUACAUCUGAAAAUGAUGGAAAUCAUUGCAGACAAUGGGACUAUUACUGACCACUUACUAACUGUACAGGAAAGUGCAAUCAAUUCUCCUACCCCCUCCUUUCUUUCUUUUUCUUUUUUUCCUUCCAUCUUCUUUAAACAGUUCAGAGUAUGGUUAGGGUCAUUCUGCCCAAUAACUCUGAGGUAUGGCUGAGAUAUUUAUUUAUACUGAGAUAUUUUAUUCAUGUUCAUGACAUAUAAGAACUUAUUUUCAUGUGGUGGAAAUAUCAGACUGGGCUCAUUGAUCCACAACCUUUUCCCAUUCAGCAGGAGCCCAAGCAAGCCUCUUAAGCCUGUUUUGUUGCCUUGAAAGCAGUUCCUGAGUUGCCCCCUAGCUUUACUGUGCUCAGUUCCAAACGGAGGUCAGUGGCACAUAUAUAUACAACAAAAAUUCGCACAAUGACUACAGACAUUUUAUUUUGAUUGCAGGUCAAAAUAU